AUGAUUUAUUUGAGGAAAAAGGUGAAGCUUGCUUUCAUCGUCCAUGAUGACUCCUCAAGGAAGGCCACAUUCAACAAGAGAAAGAAGGGCCUCCUCAAGAAGAUGAGGGAGCUCAGUAUUUUUAGCGGAGUCCCUGUGGGAGUGGUCAUCUGUGGUAAGAAUGAGUCCAAGCCUGAGGUGCGGCUACCAUCCUCUGUUUCGGUGCACAAGGACCAAGAGAGCUUCAUUCUGCAGAGGAUUGCAAUGGGCAAGGAGCAGUUGAAGAAGCAGAGGGAGGAUAAUAGGGAGAGGGAGAUUGCUCAUGCUAUGCUGGAUAUUAGCAUGUCGGACCUGAACGACCUUGAGGUAGUGAUUGGCCCAAUGAUGAGCCAGGUUUGUCAGAUGCAGGAGACGCUGAGCGAGGAGGGGCCCAAGGAGGUGAUGGAAAUUUGGAAAUGA